ACUUGAAGUUGGGCGCUGGGUUCGAGAGUACUUUCGGCGGUUGUGUUUGUGUUUUUGUGUGUUUUUGCCUUGAUUGCCUGUUGCUAACCCGCGCUGCAGUUGUGCUGUAAUUUGUUAACAAGUGAAGCGAUAUGCCGUGAGCGACUUUUCUGAGAAUAGAGAAUGACGCCAUAGGUAUAAGACAGUAGUGCGCAGUUUGGCAGCAGCAGAGAUGGCCACUAUUCCUACGAGCGUGGUCGCCACGACGAGCAUUUACACGACCACAGUACCGCUCUGCCAAGGCACCACCGUGCCGCUCUGUCAAGGCACGGUUGAGAACCACCAGCUGUGUGCGACUUCGACGGUCACUUUGCCGAUACAAGUGACGAUACCUCCUGUGGUAGCUCACACUGUUGUCCAGCCAACACCAGCUCUGUCGGGCACAAUCACAGUGCCCGCAGUGACACCCACAGUGACUCCCAUAACGUCCUCAUCAAACAUGGUAGCUGCUUCUAAUGUCAGCGCAGCUGCGGCAUGUGCCCCGUCCAUGACUACGACCUUAGUCAAGACUGUUGUGCCCACAAGCCUCCCUGAGAGGCACGUGAACAUGGGUGAUGGUGUUCAGGUUCUGAACAAGCAGCGGCUUCAAGACUUGGUCAAAGAAGUGGAUCCGAACGAGCAGCUGGACGAUGAUGUUGAAGAACUCCUCCUGCAAAUUGCGGAUGAAUUCAUCGAGAACGUGGUGACAUCGUCGUGCCGUAUCGCUAAGCACCGUAAAUCAAAUGUCCUGGAAGCCAAAGAUGUUCAGCUGAGCCUUGAGAAAAACUGGAACAUGUGGAUCCCUGGUUUUGGUGCAGAGGAGGUUCAACCUUACAAAAAGGCAAGCAGCACAGAAGCACACAAGCAGCGCAUGGCUCUCAUCAGAAAGACUCUGAAGAAGUACUAGCUACGCCCAUUCUCGUAACAUUUAUUAUUGUUUUUAACAUGUUUUGUGAAUAAAAGUAUGUUUGCUGCGUUUU